UUUCUUCAGAUAAAAUGUUAGGAAUAUUUCGUUGCACAAGUAAACAGCUCAUUUUAAAUACUUCAAUAUAUUCACAGGUGCCUGUUAGAGGAGCUAAAGCUAAAGCAGCGAAGGGAAAAGGAGGAAAAUCCGCUAAACCGGUUCUAGAAGUAGAAACUGAUGCUAAAAAGUUAGUAAGUCAAGUUUGUGGAUUAAACUACGCCCUUGAGGGUCCUUUAUCUGAACCUGUGUUGAUUAAACCAGAUUCAGAAUACCCAGAUUGGCUUUUCAAACUGGAUAUUAAGAGACCUAAACCUACACUAGACGAGUUGGAUCCUAAUACACGGGAAUACUGGGAAGAAGUUCAGAAGUUGAUGGAUUAUAAAAGAAUCCGAUUAUUGAAACUCAAACUUAAAUAAAUAUUAGAACUAGUCUUAAACAAUAUUUCAGAAA